CAGGGAGGAAAGCAGAAUCUCCGGCAGGGCAGGGAGGGAAGCGAACAGGGAAAAGAGGGAUAACAAACUUCAGGAGGCUUCGGUUGCAGGCUAAACCGGGUCAAUGUGUGGAAUAUUGCUGGUACCCGCUGGAAGUUGUUCUAGAUGGACGGCACUAUCAAGGAGGCUCUGUCGGUGGUGAGCGACGACCAGUCCCUCUUUGACUCCACGUACGGCGCUGCCACUCACCUCCCCAAGGCAGACAUGACAGCCUCAGGGAACCCUGACUAUGGCCAACCACACAAAAUCAACCCUUUGCCUCCUCAGCAGGAAUGGAUUAACCAACCUGUCCGGGUCAAUGUCAAAAGGGAGUAUGACCACAUGAAUGGCUCAAGGGAGUCCCCUGUAGACUGUAGCGUGAACAAAUGCAGCAAACUCGUCGGAGCAGGGACAGAGUCCAACCCCAUGAGUUACAGCACCUACAUGGAUGAGAAGAAUGGACCUCCUCCCAACAUGACCACCAAUGAGAGGAGAGUCAUUGUCCCAGCAGAUCCCACGCUGUGGACCCAGGACCACGUGCGCCAGUGGCUGGAAUGGGCUAUAAAGGAGUAUGGAUUGAUGGAGAUUGACACCACCAUCUUCCAGAACAUGGAUGGCAAGGAGCUCUGCAAGAUGAACAAGGAUGACUUCCUCAGAACCACCUCCCUCUACAACACAGAAGUCCUCUUGUCUCACCUCAGUUACCUCAGGGAAAGUAGCUCACUGCUGGUCUACAACACUCCAUCCCACACAGAAACCUCCUCACGCCUUGCCACCAAAGAAGGCCCUCCUGUUGCAGGGACACAGAAUGUGAACAAGACAACAGAACAGCAACGACCCCAGCCAGAUCCCUACCAAAUCCUGGGGCCCACCAGCAGCCGUCUUGCCAAUCCAGGCAGCGGGCAGAUCCAGCUGUGGCAGUUCCUCCUGGAGCUCCUGUCGGACAGCUCCAACGCCAGCUGCAUCACGUGGGAAGGGACCAACGGCGAGUUCAAGAUGACAGACCCCGACGAGGUGGCCCGGCGCUGGGGAGAGCGCAAGAGCAAACCCAACAUGAAUUACGACAAGCUGAGCCGGGCCCUCCGAUACUACUACGACAAGAACAUUAUGACCAAAGUGCACGGCAAGAGGUAUGCCUACAAAUUUGACUUCCAUGGCAUUGCCCAGGCGCUGCAGCCUCACCCCACUGAGUCGUCCAUGUACAAGUACCCCUCGGAUCUCUCCUACAUGCCGUCUUACCACGCCCACCAGCAGAAGGUGAACUUUGUGCCCCCUCACCCUUCUUCUAUGCCUGUCACCUCAUCCAGUUUCUUCGGAGCAGCUUCACCUUAUUGGACCUCCCCUGCAGGAAGCAUUUAUCCGAACCCCAACGUCCCUCGCCAUCCCAACGCCCACGUAUCUCCACACUUGGGCACCUAUUACUAGAUGCUUUUAUCUCCAAGUGGCCUUUAUCAGUCUGGUUGGACUUUGUCUUUACUUCUGGGAUUUUUAUGGGCUUUAUUUUUUUUUUUUUUCUCUUGGGGGGGAGGGGCAGGGACGACCCUCGAUGGAUAAUUGUGGCCUUUCUAAGGGAAGAAUUAAAACUGGAUAUUGGUAAUGCCUGGAUCAAACCUUUCACUUUGGUAACUUUGCCUCUCGUGUCUUGAACUGAGAGAUGGAUGCUUCUUUGGGCCAGUACUCUGUGUUUCCUUUGGGGUUUAACCCAUAUGUCCUCUGUAGGAAUUGACUAUGAAGAUUGUUCACCCUUUCCUGGAGUGAUUCUUAGCUUUUUGAUGGAAGAAGUUCUGAAGGAUUCAAAAAGCUUUUGACAAGACAUAGAUCCAACUGUGGGUCAUAGGCAAAGGUGACUACACAGUUGGGUUUUGAUCUCGCUGUGGAGAGGGUAAAGCAAUUUGACCAUUAAGUGGAGGCCCUUGGGCGGCAGGGGACCACAACUGGAAUCUUAGCUUUAAGGCAGAUGAGGAUUUUUCACCCA